AUGAAACUCUUCUGCAAACCCAAAGACUUCCACGCCUGCAAAGUCAAGCUCGUCGCUGCCUUUGCGAAUGUCCCGAUAGAAACACAAGAAGUUCAAGCUGAUAAGGAUGGGAACUUCAGCAUUCCUUGCUGUGAGAAGGUGCUGCAGCUUCCAGCAUUGAACACAGAUAGAGGUUUUUGUAUAUUAGGCAGCGGAGCAAUAGUCAGACAUCUUUCUCGUCUUCAUCAAGAGUUAUCUCUCUACGGCGAGACUCUGCAGCAAGCAGCAGAAGUAGAUGUGUGGCUUGACUUGGUGCAGCUGCGUUUGGAGAUACCGCUGGUGUCUCUUGCUGCAGCAGCAGCAGCAACAGCAGCAGAGCUGAAGAAACAAGUGCAGAAGGAUGUAGAAGCAGCUCUUUCUGCUGCAGAUAAACAUAUGCAUCAUCGAACAUACCUUGUUGGAGAGAGGAUAACAUCAGCAGAUAUAUGUUUUGCUGCUGCUGUAGUGUAUGCACAGCACCUCUUAGGAGAGGGUUGCAUUAAGCCGUACUCUCAUCUCUCUCGCUGGUUGCAGCUAAUAACAAAUCAGCAGCAGUUUAAGAAGAUGUCAGCUUCCUGCUCUUUCAGCAGCAGCAGCAGCUGCAGCAGCAGCAGCAAGACGGCUCCAAAACCAGCAGGAACACCUGGAGCAGCAGCACAACAGCAACAACAGCAACAGCAGCAGCAGCAGCAGCAGCAAGCAGCAGCAGCACAAGUAGUAGAGAGCUCACUUGAUAUGAACGAAUGGAAGAAGGUUUAUUCAAACACACAAGACUUAAGAGGGGUAGCUAUGAAGUGGCUGUGGGAUCAUGUCGAUGAGCACUGCAGCUUCUUCUUGAUGGAGUAUGAGAAGAUAGAGGGCGAGUGCACUGUAACAUAUUUAACUUCAAAUCAGCUAGGAGGCUUUCUUCAAAGGGUAGAUAAUAGCAUGCGUAAAGACUCAUUUGCUGUUAUUGAUGUCGUCGGUAAAGAACCUUCUCUAGAUAUUGAAGGCGUCUGGUUCUUCAGGUGUACAGACAUCCCGAAGCAGAUGUGCGAUCAUCCCUCUUUUGAGUAUAACAAAUGGACUAGGCUAAACCCUCUUCAAAACAAAGAGCAUAAAAAACUUAUUGAAGACUACUUCUGUAAUGAUGAUCAAGUUAACGCAAAACCUAUUGCAGACAGCAAAGUCUGGAAAUAA